UUCCCUUCAGUGCCAGUGUUCACUUUCACAGGACUCGUCUUUAGUUCCCCUUCUCUGUAGAACUGAAACAACUCGUUCAAAUAUCCGACACAAUCAAAUGAUUCAGGAGAACUUCAGGCUUCAUCCGAGCAUCACCAGGGAUUCGAGUUCCCAGGAAGUGCGUCAGUUCCAACUACUUACUUCAGUGGGGAAGGUAGUGGGAGAGUGAGUGAUCGAAGGUUGAAAAACUAGUCUUAUGCGGAGUCUGCAGCAUUUUGCUGUUUGCAAAGUUGCUAACUUUACCGGGGCAACGUCAUUACCUCUUGCUUCCUGUUUGUUUCAGCGCAGUGAUUGUACGAGCCUGGGCUCCCGGGCUGAGAGUCAGAGCCGGCAGCUGUCAAUGACAGGCCCGGGUCUGCGCCCUCUCAGCUUCCGGCCACUUGUAAAGUUGCUGUCGACUUCAUUUCUCUUCUCCAAAAUGUAUUUCUUUGUCUUGAAACUGAAUGCACCGUUUUGUGUUAGUAGCCCUGUGGUGUAAAGCAGUAACAAGAGGACACACAGAUGUGAAAGGGAUUAUGCCACCCAAAGGCACUACAAGAACUAAGCUUCCUGAGCCUCUCCCUGAGGGAUUGGUUGUGACAGAUUCUGAGAAAAAGAUGUUGGAAACUGGGAAAAUUAUUGGCAAUGGUGGAUUUGGACUGGUACACUUGGCUUCUCCUGCUUCAGAAAAAGAUGUUGGAGAUGAUGCAGUAUAUGUCAUUAAAAUAGAGUACCAGGAAAAUGGACCCCUGUUCUCAGAGCUGAAAUUUUAUCAGAGGGCAGCUAAAUCUGACACCAUUAGGGUUUGUUUGUGCAUUGCUUUUGUAGUAAAGGCAUGGAUGAAAAGCCAUAAACUGAGUUUCUUGGGGAUUCCGACUUACUGGGGAUCAGGUUUGACAGAGCACAAUGGGAAGAGCUAUAGAUUCAUGGUAAUAGAAAGACUUGGUAUAGAUUUGCAAAAGGUGCUGGAAGCAGAGGGAAACCGGUUGGAUAAAGCAUUUGCUUUGAAAAUAGGCUGUCAUCUGCUUGAUAUUUUGGAGUUUAUUCAUGAACACGAAUAUAUCCACGGUGAUAUCAAGUCGGCAAACCUGCUUCUGGGCUUCAAGAAUCGUAAAGAGAUAUAUCUGGCAGAUUAUGGUCUUGCCUUCAGGUACCGUCCCAAUGGAGCUCACAAACGCUAUAAGGAAGACCCCAAGAAAGGUCACAAUGGAACAAUUGAAUUUACUAGCAUCGAUGCUCACAGAGGUGUAGCUCCAUCCAGACGAAGUGACCUGGAAAUCCUUGGCUACUGCAUGCUACAGUGGCUGUGUGGGAAGCUGCCUUGGGAGCAGGACCUGAAGGACCCUGUGGCAGUCCAAAAAGCCAAAGUCAAAUUUAUGGAAAAUCUUCCUACCUCUGUACAUCAGUGCUUUCCCUCCAGAUGUGAAAGCAGGGAAAUUGUCAAUUAUCUGUCUUAUGUGAGUACUCUGAAGUAUGAAGAAAGGCCACAAUAUCAGAAACUGCACAACAUCCUGUUAAAUCGUCAGGAAGCCAGCCGAUCUAAAUGUGUGGAUCUCAGUGGAAUAGAGCGUAUGGAUUCCUGCCUUUUGUCUGUUCCUGAAAAUAGUAAGAGAAUAAAGGAAGUUCUCCCGUCACGAAAUGUACCUGUGAGACCAAAAUCAACAAGACAAAUUGUACCUCAAGAAAAACUAAUGAAAAGGAAUAACAUUUUGAGUGAUAUUGAAUGCUCAGAACUGUUGAGGCUUAAACAAAGGAAGGCAGAGGUAACUGAAUCUUCAAUACAAUGCAAGACCUGGAAGCAGAAGCCAGCAGUUCCGAUGAUUGGACCAACAGAAGCUGCUGCAGUGCCUCAGGAUCAAAGAAUAAAAUCAGACAUCUUGCACUAUGGUGUUGCAGUCGUACUUUUGUUGAUAUCAAUUAUCCUUCUGCUGUUGUUGGAUUGACUGUCAU